GAGCCGCCACAGCCGGGGCGGAGCGGGGGCGACCGCGGGGGCUGCCGGGGGGCCGGGAACGGCACCGGGAGCGGAGGGUUUGCGUUGCUGACUGCGGGAGAGCAGAAAUUCCGCAGAAAUGGCAAGGAUUGAGAAAAUGAGCAUCCUCGGCGUGAGGAGUUUUGGCAUAGAGGAUAAAGACAAACAGAUUAUCACUUUCCAUAAUCCAAUGACUAUUCUGGUGGGACCAAAUGGUGCAGGGAAAAACGGUAAGACUUACACUAUCAUUGAGUGCCUUAAAUAUGUGUCCACUGGAGAUUUUCCUCCUGGAACCAAAGGAAAUUCAUUUGUUCAUGAUCCAAAGGUUGCCCAUGAAACUGAUGUUAGAGCUCAGAUUCGAUUACAGUUUCGAGAUGUUAAUGGAGAGCUUGUAGCUGUCCAACGAUCCAUGGUGUGUACCCAGAAAAACAAGAAAACAGAGUUUAAAACACUUGAAGGGGUCAUUACUAGAACAAAGCAUGGUGAGAAGGUCAGUCUCAGUUCCAAGUGUGCAGAAAUUGAUCGAGAGAUGAUCAGUGCCCUUGGUGUUUCCAAAUCUGUGCUCAACAAUGUUGUUUUCUGCCACCAAGAAGAGUCCAACUGGCCAUUAAGCGAAGGGAAGGCCCUGAAACAAAGAUUUGAUGAGAUCUUCUCAGCAACAAGGUAUAUUAAAGCACUGGAAACUCUCCGUCAGGUACGACUGAAACAAAGCCUAAAAGUAAAAGAGUGUCAGACAGAGCUGAAGUACCUAAAGCAGAAUAAAGAAAAAGCACAGGAAAUCCAGGACCAUCUUAACAAUAGGGAAGCUCAGCUGUCUGCUUCUAAGGAGAAUGUAAAAUCUAUCGAGAGUCAGCUGGAUCCUUUAAAGUGUUCUCUGGCAGCAGUUGAAAAGAAUCUCAUGAAAGUAAUGUUGCUAGACAACGACGUAAAAGCUCUGGAGAGCAGGAGGAGGCAGAUGGAUAAGGAUAAUCAAGACCUGCAACAGAAGAUGGAAAAGGUUUUUCAAGGAACGGAUGAACAGCUAAGGGAUAGAUACCAGAACCACCAGAGAACAGUGAAGGAGAAGGAGAAGAGAUUAUCAGACUGUAAGCGUGAAUUAGAUAGGGCCAUUAAAGAAUGCCAGAGGUUUAACAGUGAAAAGUCAGAACUACUCGUUGAACGAGGUCGUCUACAACUGCAAGCAGAUCGUCACCAAGAACACAUCAAAACGAGGGAUUCAUUAAUUCAGUCUUUGGCAGCACAGCUAGAAUUAGAUGGUUUUGAGCUAUCACCUCUUAAUGAAAGACAGAUUACCAAUUUUCACAGGUUAUUGAAGGAGAGACAAGCGAGAGAUACAGAAACUGCAAAUCACUUAAUGAGAGAAUUUGCACAAAAAGAAGCGAUGAAACAAAAACAGAUAGAUGAAAUAAGAGAUAAGAAAACUGGAUUAGAAAGAACCAUUGAUCUGAAAUCAGAUAUCCAAUAUAAGAGACAAGCAGAACUGAAGAAUGUAAAACAUGAAUUGCAGCAGUUGGAGGGGUCAUCAGGCAGAAUUGUGGAAUUGGAUGAAGAGAUUGUCAAGACAGAACAUGAACUGGAGAAGGCUGAGAGGAGCAGCAAUGUAGAAACACUUGAACUGGAAGUGCAAACUCUGCAAAAUGAGAAAAUAAACCUGGACAAAAGUCUUCGGAAGCUGGAUCAAGAGAUGGAACAGUUGAACCUACAUACCACAACAAUUACCCAAAUGGAGAUGCUGAAGAAAGACAAAGCAGACAAAGAGGAACAGAUUAGAAAAGUAAAAUCAAGACAUUCUGAAGAACUGACGUUACUGCUGGGGUACUUUCCAAAUAAAAAACAACUUGAAGACUGGCUCCAUGGCAAAAAUAGAGAGAUUAAUGAAACAAGGGACAGACAUGCCAAGCUUAACAAACAACUGGCAUCAGCAGAACAACAGAAGAAUUUUAUCAGUGCUGAACUAAGAAGAAAAGAAGAACAGUUGUCUAGCUAUGAAGCAAAACUUUUUGAUGUUUGUGGAAGCCAAGAUUUUGACAGUAACCUGAACAAACUUCAAGAUGAAAUUGAAAAAAGUUCAAAACAGCGAGCUGUGCUUGCUGGAGCCACAGCAGUUUAUUCACAGUUCAUUACACAACUAACAGAAGAGAACCAGUCGUGUUGUCCAGUUUGUCAAAGAGUUUUUCAAACAGAGGCUGAACUGCAAGAUGUAAUUAGUGAUCUUCAGUCUAAGUUGCGUCUUGCACCAGACAAAUUGAAGUCAACAGAGUCUGAGCUUAAAAGAAGAGAGAAAAAACGUGAUGAAAUGAUGGGUCUUAAACCAAUUAGGCAAACAGUAGUGGAACUCCAAGAAAGGGACAUACCAGACUUGAGGAACAAGCUGCAAACUGUGAACAGGGAUUUUGCACGCCUGAAGGGUGAGAUAGAAGAGCAGGAAACACUCCUGCAGACAGUUCUGUCUGAGAAGGAAGGUGCUAAUGCAUGUUUACAGGACAUAACACUAAUGGAAAGGUACCAGGCUGAUAUUAGGGAUGUUGAAAGAAAAAUUGCUCAGCAGGAGGCUAAGCUGCUAGGGGUCGAUUUAAGUAGAACUGUUCUACAAGUAAGCCAAGAAAAACAAGAGAAGAAACACUUAUGGGAUACAGUUACUAGUAAAAUUGAGUUAAAUCAAAAAAUCAAGCAAGACCAGCAGAAUCAGAUUCAGCAGCUUAAGAGUACAGUUAAUGAACUUAGAGCAGAGAAACUUCAGAUUUCCAGCAGCAUGCAGCGUCGUCAACAACUGGAGGAGCAAAUAGUGGAAUUAACCACUGAGUUUCAGUCCUUACAUAGAGAGAUUAAGGAAGCAAAAGAACAGGUAUUUCCCCUACAUGAAACUUUAGAAAAACUGCAGCAAGACAAGGAGGAUCUAAUUAAUAAAAGGACUGCAACUAAUAAAGAAACACAAGAGAAGAUAAAUACCAUAAAAGAGAAAGUUAAAGAUAUAAACAAGUACAUGAAAGAAAUCGAAAGCUAUAUUCAAGAAGGAAAGGAAGACUACAAGAAGCAAAAGGAGUCUGAACUUGAUGAAGUAAACUCUCAAUUAGUUGCCUGCGAGAAACAGAAGGAAAAGAUAAGUAAAGAGAUGGAAAUUAUUCGACAAGAUAUUGACACUCAAAAGAUACAGGAAAGGUGGCUAGAGGAUAAUCUGACUUUGAGGAAGCGGAAUGAAGAAUUAAAAGAAGUUGAAGACAAUAUAAAUAGACUUAUGAAGGAGAUGGGAGAAAUGAAAGUCCCGCAGAUGAAAAAUGAACAAAAAAAUUUAGAGGAGAAAAUAGAAGCUCUGAAAAGAAACCAUCAUGUUGCACUUGGCCGACAGCGUGGAUUUGAGGAAGAGAUUGUUCGGUUUAAAAAGGAACUUCGAGAGUCACAAUUCAAAGAUGCAGAGGAAAAAUACAGGGAGAUGAUGAUUGUUAUGAGAACAACGGAGCUAUUGAACAAGGAUUUGGACACUUAUUACAAGGCUCUUGAUAAAGCAAUAAUGACAUUUCAUAGCAUGAAGAUGGAAGAAAUUAACAAAAUAAUUCGUGACCUUUGGAGAAAUACCUACAGAGGACAAGAUAUUGAAUAUAUAGAAAUUCGCUCUGAUGCAGAUGAGAAUGUUUCAGCAGCUGAUAAGAGAAGAAGCUACAAUUAUAGAGUAGUAAUGAUAAAGGGAGAUACAGCACUGGAUAUGAGAGGAAGAUGUAGUGCUGGGCAAAAGGUGCUUGCUUCUCUUAUUAUUCGUCUUGCUCUAGCAGAAACGUUCUGUCUCAACUGUGGCAUAUUGGCACUAGAUGAGCCUACCACCAAUCUUGAUCGAGAAAACAUUGAGUCUCUUGCACAUGCCCUCGUGGAGAUAAUAAAAAACCGCACAAAACAGCGUAACUUUCAGCUUCUGGUGAUAACUCAUGAUGAAGAUUUUGUUGAACUGCUGGGCCGUUCUGAAUAUGUGGAGACCUUCUACAGGAUACGGAAGAACGAUGACCAGUGCUCUGAGAUCAUGAAAUGCAGUGUCAGCUCCCUUGGCUCAUAUGUUCAUUAGCAUUUCAAGUAAUUAUGUAUUAUAAUUACUUUUUAAUUAACAAUUAAAAUGAAUUAAAUUAAUUUAAUUUACAAUUAUAAUUUGGCUUAGCUGCCAAACUUAGAGGUCAGAGGAAGGCAUCUGAAAAUGUAGCUCCUUCUUAUCAUAUAGUAUCAUGAAGAUUUUAGCUCAAGUCUGAAACUAUUACAUUUUUAAACUUCAUAUCUCUGUACUUACUUCUGCAUCUGGGUUCAGGUUUCACCAUGAGUUGGGAGAAUGUAAGUGAAUACAGGGCAGUUAACUUUUAGGUUUAUUUUAUAUUUUAAAAGAAAAAAUAAAGUGUUGUUCUUGGUAUA